GGCGGGGAUCCCGCCCGCGCGCGGUGCUCUCUCCACCCACUGGGACCCCGCUCUGUCCUCCCGCCCGUCCCGGGGAGCUGGCCGCCCUUCACCAAGGCGCCCUAACGGACGUGAUGACCUAGCAACGCGCCAGCCCUCUCCGCCUGCCACACCCGGCCGCAGAGAGAGUGAAGGGCAGGGCGCUGUCCGCGCACUGCGCGUCCUGGUUCUCCGGACACCCGGCGCGGCGAGCACCUGCUCACCUGCGCGCCUCAUCCGAGCUCAGGGUUGCUGGAGGACUUCCCUACAGUCCUGGGCUACACAGCGCUCUCCCGAGGGCUUAUCUCCGCUUCCCUCGCUUUAAAACUACAUGCAGAACUUCGUGUUAUUUGGAAUUCUGCCACUUUUUUAAAAAUAUAAAAGAGUCUCCUAGUGGUGUUCCAGGAACACGUGACUUGUUUACACUGCGGAAUACUUCCCGCUGACUGACUGCUUCGUAUUCCGGGGGUCCAGAAGCUCCCGUUCUACCCUAGUUGGUGUUGGGGCCCAUGCGGAGGGUCUUGAGCAGGACAGGUUGGAGGAGCUCUGCCGGGGUUCCCUGGGAAGCUCCAGACACCCGCACCGAGCUCCCGGGCUUGCUCACUUCCGACAGAGAAAAACAAAAGGUGACUGUGUGCAUUCGAAGAAAAAGACGGCGAAGAGGAAGGGCUCGUCUGUCGAUGCGCCUGUCCAGGAGGAGAGUCCGUUAGUUGCCAAGGGUGGACUCCUGGGAGGAGGGGACGUUUGUGAAAGUACAUCAUGUGGCGACACCCCUAAUGGGGCAGGAGCAGUUCAGCUGGAGGACCCGGAUGGAGAGAGGACGGAGGACUCGGAGCUCCCGCAGCAGGCGCUGGGUGGUGACUCUCUGGAACAGCCUGGGGUCAUCAUAAAGGAAUGUGAACAAGAACGUGACCCUGCAGGUGCUGAACUGCUGAGCAGACAGGAGGAGGAGGCUGGCAGACAGCAGCGGGCAGUGGCAGAGCUUCGGCAGCUGACAGAGAUGCACCAGCCGGUGCCCCCACUGGAGCUGGAGGCGCUGCGUCUGAGCCUGAGCAACAUGCACACAGCGCAGCUGGAGCUGACGCAGGCCAACCUCCAGAAGGAGAAGGAGACGGCGCUGACGGAGCUGCGGGAGAUGCUCAACGGCCGGCACGCGCAGGAGCUGGCCCUGCUGCAGAGCAGGCAGCGGCUGGAGCUGGAGCUCAUCAGGGAGCAGCACGCCCGCGAGCAGGAGGAGAUGGCGCUGCGGUGCGCCCAGGAGACAGCCGAGCUGAAGGAAAAGUUGCAAAUAGAAAUGGAGAAAAAUGUCCAGAUGAUAGAGACCCUGAAGCAAGACUGGGAAUCUGAGAGGGAUUUAUGCUUAGAAAACCUACGCCAAGAGUUAUCUGGAAAGCAUCAAUCAGAAUUGGAGAAUUUACAAAACCAGUUUAAGAAAGAAAUGGCUGAACAGAAAGCUGAGUUGGAGGAGAUUUUUCAAGCCAAAAAUCAGGCUGAAUUUUCCCUUAAGACUUUGGAGGCUCAACACGAAGUGGCCUUGAGAAAGUUACACGAAGACCUGCAGUCUGAGCACUGUCAGUGCUUAGAAGACUUGGAGCUGAAGUUCAAAGGGAAGGAAAAAGAAAAACAACUAGAGUUAGAGACUCUUCAAGCAUUGUACGAAGAUCUGAAGGCUCAGUCACAGGAAGAAAUCAGGAGCCUGUGGUCCCAGCUUGAGUCUGCAAGAACCAACAGACAGGAGCCCAGUGAGUUACGUGAGCAGCCCCUGGCUCGAGGGUCCCACGUGGAAGAAUUAGAACACCUGAGGCGAGACUUUGACCAGCAGCGGCAGCGAGAGAGAACCGAGCAUGAAUCCGAACUAGAACAAUUGAGAAUUUAUUUUGAAAAGAAAUUAAGGGAUGCUGAAAAAAAUUACCAAGAGGACCUGACGCUGUUGCAACAGCGGCUGCGGGAGGUGAAGGAAGACUCCCCUGUGGAGUCUGUGGAAAUCAGUUCAUCCAGUGCACUUUUGGAAGAGGCCUCUGAAAAAGACGGAAAAGACCAACUUGAUCAACUCGACCUUCAGCUGGAGCAACCUGAGGAGAGCCUGUGUCUGCAUGCUGUGUCAGAAGAUGACCACCGGUGCCAAGUCGCAGCAGUGGAGUCCUCCCCGGACGUCCAGCAGGAGGCGGACCUUGCAGGGACCCGGGCGUUGGAAAGGGAGCAGCGUGUGGGGUUCUCGGAAGAGUCUGGUCCAGGGCUUGCUCGGGUAUGUCUCCAGUGUGCACAGGACACGGCCUUGGAGGUGGAGACAGAGGUGGCAGCCAGAGUCUUGUGUUUGGAAACCGAGCACAAGGUUAAACUCUCACUUCUUCAGACGGAGCUCAAGGAAGAAAUUGACCUCUUAAAAAUAGAAAAUAGAAAUUUACAGGAGAAGUUGCAGUAUGAAGUUCACCUGAAAGAGGACUUGGAGAAAGUAAAACAUAAUUUAGUUGAAGCUCACCAGGAAGAACUGAAGAAAGCUAAGGAGGAGAUUCAGCUAAUGAAACAAGAAUUCAAAGAAAGAGCAGCAGAGUGGAAAGUUACGAGUGAGGACCUAAAGAGAAAAGCUGAAGAGAAAUUGACACUGAUGCUCCUUGACCUGAGAGGACAGGCGGAAUCUGAGAAACAGUCAAUAAUAAACAAGUUUGAGCUUCGAGAAAUCGAAAUGAGGCAACUGCAGGACCGGCAGGCAACCCAGAUCCGGGACCUGGCGGGCUCCCUGGCGGAGCAGCAGGGCCGCCUGCGGCAGCUGGAGGUGGGAUUCACUGGGGACGAGUCUCUGCAGUGUGGCCAGUGUGACCAGGAGCCAGGUGGCGGUCUGGCCCCCACAGACAAGGACUGGGAGCUCGCCAUGCUCCGCCUGAAAGAGGACUGUGCCCUCCAACUAACAUUGGCCCAGAAUAGGUUUUUAGAAGAACGUAAAGAAAUCAUAGAGAAGCUCGCUGCAGAACAAGAUGCCUCCCUGCGGGAGACCCAGGAGAAGCACACCCGUGAGCUCCAGCUCCUCCAGGAGAGACACCAGCAGCAUGUUCUGUCCUUGACGGCUGAGCUCAAGACCCAGCACCAGGCCGAGAUGGAUCAACUGAGGGCUGCGUUCGAGAGUGAACAGUGGGCUCUUUCAGAAGCGCGUGUGGCUGAAUUGCAGACAAAACAUGCUGCUGAAAUCAGCGUUUUGGAGACAAGACACUUGUCAAACCUGGAUUCUUUGGAAUCUUGUUACCUGUCUGAAAUUCAGGCCAUACGGGAUGAGCACAGACGGGCCCUAGAGCUGUUACGAGUAGACCUUGAGGGACAGCUGCAGAAAAAGAAUUCUUCUCACCAAAUGAUUUUGACUCAGGAGUUAGGGAAGCUUAAGCUGAAGCAUGACAAAGAGCUCCAGUCUGCAAAGGACAGCCUGAGAAUUGAAACGAGCGCUAAAUGUGUUGGAAAUCUGAAAGCCCCAGCCCCCGAGCUUCAGGGAGCACACCAGCAGAGUGCCCCGGUCCCUGCAGAGGCUGAGGCCCAGGGCUCGGCUCUCCCGGCCGAGCUGGAAGAGGAGAAGCAGCAGCAGUUCUGCUCUCAGGAGAGUGAGCUGCAGACGUGCCAGUCGGAAGCCUUGCUUGAGCAGAAGAUCGCACAGCUAAAGGGUGAAUUUGAAUGUGAAAAGAAAGCUGUUUUGCAUGAAAAAGAGGAGUUACACAGACAUGAGAGGGAGCAGGCUCAGUCUUUUUACCGAAAAGAGAAAGAGUCUUUGUCUCUGCAGCUUCAGGAGAAGAACAAUCAGAUUCUGCAGCUAAAAGACCAAAUUGUAACCCUAAGUCAUGAGAUAGAGCAGCGCCGUUCUGACCUGGAGAAGCUACAGCAGAGGCGCGAGAGGGAGAACCAGGAAGGCGCGAAUCUCAUCUCCAUGCUGAAGGCUGACGUCGACUUGUCACACAGUGAGAGGAUUGCUCUCCGGGACGCCCUGAGGAGGCUCCUGGGUUUGUUUGGAGAGACGCUGAAGGCUGCUGUCGCCCUGAAGAGCCGGAUCGGUGAACGCGUGGGGCUCUGUCUGGAAGACCAGAGCCCCUUGGAUGCACAGCCAGGGGCCCAGGUCCCAUCUGCAGCGCCGGCACUUGAUGAGACGUGGCCUGGGCCUGAUGCGGCCCUGCCAGAGCUGGAUGGAACUUUCCCUGAGUGCGCUGAGAUGUCUUCAGUGGCUGAAAUUAGCAGCCACGUCUGUGAAAGCUUUUUUAUGAGCCCAGAAAGUACACUGGAAUGUGAGCAGCCAGUCAGGAGGAUCUACCGGAGCCUUGGCCUGGCGGUGGAUGGCCUCCUGGAGAUGGCCCUGGACUCCAGCAGGCAGCUGGAGGAAGCACGUCAGAUGCACUCUCUGUUUGAGAAGGAAUUCAGCUGUAAGAACGAGGAGACGGCGCAGGUUGUCAGAAAGCACCAGGAGUUACUGGAGCGCCUGGAGGAGGAGAACGCGGCCAGAGCUCGUCUGGUGCUGGAGCUGCACAAGGCGGAGGGCAUCCUCGAGGGGUUCAAGGUGGAGAAGGCCAGCUUGCAGGAGGCGCUGGGCCGUAAGGAGGCAUCUGAGCAGGGCCUCGUUGUGGAGCUGGAGAGCCUGAGGGAGCAGCUCCAGUGGGUGACCCAGCAGCAGGCGGAGCUGAGGGAGGAAAAUGCCACCCUGUGGAGCCAAAAGGAGGCCUUAGCCACCGGGGCAGAAGAGAGAGAAGCCGAUGUUCCCGUCACUCUAGCACACAAGGACUCAGCUCUUCAGAAGGAAGUGGAGUAUCUAACCAAGGAGCAGUCAGAGACCAGGAGACAGUUUGAGAAAGACCGCUCAGCUCUGCUCUCCCAGAUGAAGGUUCUGGAGGCUGAACUGGAGGAGCAGCUCUCUAGGCAUCGUGUGUGCGCCCAGCAGGCCGAGGAGCUCUCCGCCCUGAGGCAGCAGAUGGGUUCUCUGGACAAGCAUUUGCGCAGCCAGCGGCAGUUCAUGGAUGAGCAGGCCGUCGAGCGGGAGCAGGAGCGUGAGGACUUCCAGCAGGAGAUUCAGAGGCUGGAGGAGCAGCUCCGACAGGUGGCCAGGCCGCAGCCCCGGGGCCCGCAUGACAGCCAUCGGGCACAGCUGGAUGAGGAGGUUGAAUUGUUACAAGAAAAAUUGAGAGAGAAGUCAGAUGGACUUAAUGAAUUGGUUAUAAAGAAAGAACUGGCAGAUAGACAAGUGUUGAUCCAGGAAGAGGAAAUUAAACGUCUCGAGGAGACAAAUGCCAACACCAGAAGACAAGUAAUCCAGCUCCAGGAAGAGCUGGAGAAGCAGAGGAAAACUGUGAAAGAGUUACAGCAAGAUAAAGAGGCAUUGCAGGAACAGCAGAUGAGUAACUUGCUACUGGUGUCCACUUUGCAGUCUAAACUAGAUGAGGGCAAAUGCCCCUUGCCUUCUGCAGGCAGCUGUCCCGAGGGUCCAGAAGUCCAGUCAGAGGCAGUGCAGAGGGUGCUCCUGCAGCGUGAGACCGAGAUUUUGGACUUAAAAGAACAACUAGAAAAGGUUAAAGAUGACUUAGUAAGUAAAAAUGAGGAAGUACUACAUCUGACCUUGAAAUUAGACAUGCAGAACAACCAUAGUGCGGCCAGCGUCAGAGAACUUCAAGAAGAGAAUGCCAAUUUGAAGGCAUUUCUACAGAACAAAGAAAGGGAGAUAAAGUGUGUGAGUGAGCAGCUUGAGGCACAGCUGGCUGGGAUGGGAACUGGCGCUCUCAGUGAGGUUAUGUAUAGCAGAAGUUCUGAAAUCGAGGAGCUGAAAUCCAUUAUUGAGAAUUUGCAAGAGAAUCAGGAACGAUUACAGAAGGAUAAGGCAGAAGAAAUUGAGCAGCUCCAUGAAGUCAUCGAGAAACUGCAGAGAGAGCUCUCCCUCGGGGGACUUGCGGUGCAUGAAGUCAGUGACUGCCGUGCCGAAGACCUGCAGAGUGAGCUGGAGCGGGGGCUGCUCUGCCUCCAGGCUGAGGGGGCCGAGGCCCAUGCGGCGCUGGAGGGUGAGCUCCAAGCCGCGCUGGCUGCCAAGGAGGCCCUGAGCCAGCUGCUUGCUGAGCAGGAGCGCAGGCAUGGCCAGGCCCUGGAGGCCCUGCAGCAGCGCCUGCGGGGUGCUCAGGAGGCUGCCGCAGGGCAGCUGGUGGAGCUGAGGCAUGGCACGGCCCGCAGGGAGGCCGAGGUCCAGCGCCUGGCCUCCCAGAUCCGAGAGUUUGAAGCUGCUCUAAAAGCAAAAGAAGUGAAGAUUGUGGAAAGAGAUUUAGAAAUUGAGGCCAUGAACAAACAGAAGUCUGCCUACUCCACUGAGCUGCAGAACAUCCUGUCGGCCUUAACCCGCUUCCGCCGUGCCCUGGAACAGCAGCCCCUGGCUGCUGCGGACGAGCCCCCUGAGCUGCAGCGGCUCCGAGUGCAGUGUGCCCGCCUCAGCCGCCAGCUGCAGACACUGAACCAGCGGUUCCUGAGGUGCCAGGAGGCACUGGACAAGCCACAGGAGCACGGGGCCCGUCUGUACCCUCGUGUAGAGAGUCCGGUUAAGGAUGGUUUGCAGCCUGCGAAAGCCCUGGUGACGUCAGACCAUGCAGGUCUCCAGAAGCGAGACAGUGUGAUGUCGGUGCUCACAGUCUGCCAGAGGCAGCUGGAGUCUGAGCUGCUCUUGGUGAAAAAUGAACUGCGCUUGAGUGUGGAGGACCAUGGCAAAGUGUCAGGGCGAGCGAAGGAUAGGGAACAACUACUGGAAAGUUGUCAGCUGCAGAAAAUUGAUCUCAUAACUCAGGUGAAACAACUUCAAGAAAAAUUGAACUGUCUGGUACGUUCUCUGAGUGUCCCAGACAUCGAGGCAGAGGACUCUGAAUCCCAGCAGCCACUGGCAUUUCCACGUGCACUUGAAAGUAGUUCCAGUGACAGUUCCAAAAACAGUGAACAAACUGACAGAUCACCUCCUAUUGAUGCAUUUAAUAUCGAUAAAACCUCAUGCGAUCUAAUUGACAUUAUUGGAAAUCAGGAUUCGUUGCUAAGAAAUGAAUUACCAAAGGUCCCUGUGGAAGAUAAGAUCGAUUUGCAGGAUGGGUCACUUUGUCUACAAGCUAGCUUGCACAGUAGCUCCCGUGACCUGACCCACACCGAGGGGGCCGAACCCUUGAAGAACGUGCUCAGGGCGAUGGAGCUGUCCUCCUGGAGCUCCCCUGAGGUCAUCAGGAAGGACUCAACGCUUGAGCCCCCACCCAGCCUUCCCCUGACGCCCUGCUCAGAUGCCCUGAGCCAGCGCAGCCCAGACGCCUCCCUGCGGGACAGGAUCAGCACCUCACUGCUCCAGGCUGACCAGUCAGGGCUGCUUUGUUACCCAGUCAGGUCAGCAGCACAAACAGCUCCUAGGUGGGCAGAGUCUCUAUUGGCCAUAGACAGGGCUCCCUCUGCUGAUCACCACGUGCAGCGGACAGCUGUGGAGAAGGAUGUUGAAGAUUUUAUCAUAACAUCUCUUGAUUCUCAAGAAAAGUCCGGAUCACCUCCUCUUGGGUUAGAAGGAAGAAGCGAUGGAAGUGAAAAUAGUGAUGGCUCAGGGUUUGGAGAGAUCCUAAACCAAGGUUCAGAAAGACUCAAAACUCCCACUGCUGGUCCUCCAGUGCCUCCUCCUGCCUCUAGAAGGUUCCGACGGCCACUAGAAGCCAUGAGGGAGAAGGAAGUCCACCCGAAGCAAGUGAAGGCCUUGCUGCAGAUGGUGUGUGACGAGAGCUACCACAUAUUGGCCUUGUCCGAAUACCGUGGGCCCCACUGCGCCCCCCUUGAGUGCUUUCCACGGGAAGGCCAGGGCCCAUUGGAGGCAGUGCCGGCUUUGAGGGGGCAUCCGACCCCAGCACCCCAAAAGGGAGAGAAGGAACCUGCCGAUGUGUGUCUUGACUGGAGAGGAGAAUUUCUGCGAGUCAUCCAGGAGGCCUUUGAAAAAGAACGGGAGAUGCUUAAAGUUGAGCUGCAGCCCCGAGUCGGUGACUCUGAUCCCAGGGACUGCAGCUGCCUGUUGGAGAGGCUGGAGAAGGUGGUCCAAGAGCAGGGAGACCUGCAGGAGAAGUCCUUAGAGCACCUGCGCCUGUCUGACAGGAGCAGCUUGCUGUCAGAGAUCCAGGCUCUGCGCGCCCAGCUGCGGCUGACGCACCUGCAGAACCAGGAGAAGCUGCAGCAGCUGUGCACAGCUCUGACCAGCGUGGAGGCCCGAGGGAGCCAGCAGGAGCACCAGCUGCGCAGGCAGGUUGAGUUACUGGCAUAUAAGGUUGAACAGGAGAAAUGUAUAGCAAGUGACCUGCAGAAAACCCUGAAUGAAGAGCAAGAAAAAGCAAACGAUGUUCGGAAGCUCCUGGUGGUGGAACAGAAUGCAGUCAGAGAUUUGAAAUCUGAGCUCUCUGAGUGUAAGCAGGACAACGAGAGGCUGUUAGCAUCCCUCAACGAUGUGCAGAAGGAGGUCCUGCAGCUGAGGUCUGUGCUGGACAGUAAGGAGAACGACCUGAAGGCCGUGCUCCAGGAGCUGGAGAGCGAGCGCAUGAAGGAGCGUGCCCUGCAGAGCCAGCUGGAGGAGGAGCAGCUGCAGCACCUGCAGAGGGAAGGCCAGAGCUCCAAGACCCUGGAGGAGUUAAGAAUAUCUUUGGAGAAGCAAUAUGCUCAGAGUAAUCGACUGUGUGUUGCAUUAAAACAUGAGCAAACAGCAAAGGACAACCUUCAGAAGGAGCUGCAGAUCGAGUACUCGCGCUGUGAGGCGCUGUUGGCGCAGGAGCGGAGCCAGCUCUCCGAGCUGCAGAGGAGCCUGGAGGUCGAGAAGGGCCGCUCGCUGGAGCUGUCUGAGGCCUUACAGCACGAGCGCCUCCUGACGGAGCAGCUGAGCCGGAGAACACAGGAGGCCUGUGCUCACCAGGAGACCCAGGUGCAUCACGCUUUGCUGCGGAAGCUGAAGGACGAGAAGGCCCGUGUGGUGGAACUGCAAGCAAUGCUUGAGAAGGUGCAGCAGCAAGCCAUGCGCUCUCAGCGGCAGCUGGAGGCCGAAGUUCAUAAGCGCUGUCAGGAGCUGCAGAAAGAGAAGGAGGUAAGUGUCUCGCUGAGAUCCACUGUGGAGGCCCUGCAGACCCCAAAAUCACAGCUGAGAUGUUAUCUGGAGAGAGAGGGGGAGAAGCCAGCAUGGCUGCAGACAGAGUUAGAACAGUUACACGCGGGAGUGGCAGACCAAGAAGGACGCAAGGCCACGAGGAGAAGAGCAGAGACGAGGCAGAGCCAAGCAGAUGCGGAGAAAUGGGAGCAGCGGCAGAGAGACAAGGAGAGACUGCGAGAAUUGGAGUUACAGCGCCAGCGCGAUGGGCACAAGAUCACGCAGCUUCAGCAGACGGUGAGAGAGCUGGAGGCAAAGGAGGCCGCACACCUCUGCCCGGAGUCCCAGCGUCUCCGAGAGCAGCAGCAGGAUCUGGAGAAGAUUCGGCAGCAGCUGCUCUGUGCUGCUGGGCUUCUGACCACCUUCAUCAACCAGACUGUAGACAGGACAAUUAGCAAUUGGACAACAUCAAAUGAGAAAGCAGUGACAUCUUUAUUGCAUACGUUAGAGGAACUCAAGUCUGAGUUGAGCAUGUCCAGCUCCUCCCAGAAAAAAAUGACAGCAGAGCUACAGAUCCAGCUGGUAGAAGUCUUGCUGAAAGAUAACGACUCCCUUACGAAAGCCCUCGGUGCAGCGACUCAGGAGAAGGCGGAGCUGUGCAGGGCUGUGUCCCACCUGGAAAAGACCCUGAAGCACCACCUGCUCAAGGGCUGUGCGCUGAGGAAGUCAGACAGGUCUGCCUGGAAGCAGGACAGAACGGUCCUGCAGAGCUCACCGCGACAGCCAGACCCAGGACUGCCCACGCCGGCUGCAAGUGAUGAAGCAAAAGUCUGCAACAUCAAAAUGGAAAAAUUGUACUUGCAUUAUUUGAGAGCAGAAAGCUUUAGAAAAGCUCUGAUUUAUCAAAAGAAGUAUCUUUUACUGUUGAUUGGUGGAUUCCAGGACUCUGAACAAGAAACACUCUCCAUGAUUGCUCAUUUGGGAGUAUUUCCUUCCAAAGCAGAUAAGAAAGUUACCACAUCUCGUCCUUUCACAAAGUUUCGAACUGCAGUCAGGGUGGUGAUUGCAAUAUUCAGAUUACGUUUUUUGGUUAAGAAAUGGCAAGAAGUAGAUCGGAAAGGAGCUCUGGUGCGAGGCAGAGCACCCCGGCCAGUGAUUCUGGGGGAAGGAUUCCUGGGGCCACAGCAACAGCAGUCUCCACCUGAAACCAGUGAAUCCCCAACCCGGGACGUGUCUUCCAGCCACACCAGGGACCCUGUGCCAAAAGCCUCACCUCGCAGGAGGGAAAGAUCCAACCCAUCCCCAAAUUCAAGAUCAGAAAGAUCCCUGACUGCUUCUGAAGAUCCAGAACAUUCCUUGACGGAAUAUAUUCACCAUUUAGAAAUGAUUCAGCAAAGACUAGCGGGGGUACAACCAGAUUCCACUUCAAAGAAAUCCUGCCGCCAGAAGAUUAAACAAUGAAUAAAAUCCUUGUGGCUCUUACCUGUGACAGUUCUAUUUAAGGAAAAGAUUUGUUUUUCCUUUUUUUAAGAAAAGCUUGUGAUGUGGCAUGGUGUACUGAGCCCUCAUGUGCCUCAGAUGCCAAUCCCUGAGUGCCAUUAAUUGCAUUGCUGCGAAGCCAAAUGGAGUGUUUUCUAUGUGACUUUAGUACAUUUUAGCUCCUCACCUUCAUGAAGUGACGUGUGUGCUCAAGAGUGUCAGACAUCUGCCCAGUUCUGUGCGUGUUGGCAGAGCCACCUGCCUGCCUCCAGGAUGGGUAAGCAGAGAAUGGCUGCUUGUGGCUUAUUUUCUUCAAGUGUACAGAUGGAAACUCGGUUUCAAAACAAAAAGAAUGAAAUUAAAGCACUGUUUUAUUUGUGAACAGC